AUAAUUCGAACUAAGAAAGCCACCAGAUUCUCUCAGUAGUCGUCCUUCCAUCUUCACUGAACCGUCCCUUGUCUAUGGAUGCUUUUACCAGUGGCGGCGGAAAUGGCUGGCUCUGGGGGCUUCCGCCAUUUAAUUCUCGACCACGACGAAGAAAUACAGGUAGAGAAAGAUCCAAGCCUUCCGAUUCAGUCGACACAACCCGAGGAAACGGCUACCAGUUUCCCCUCAAGCAAGCAGCCACUGCCGCUUCUCUUGCCCUAGCCGGUGAUACAAUUGCUCAGCUCCGAGAUCGUUGGAAGAAAGGCGCACCUCUUGAUGGUUCCAAAUCGUCUUCUGAUUCUCUAACCCGUCCUAGAGACGCUUCGCUUAAUGAUGUGGUGGGCAAUCUCCUCUCUGGUCAUGAUUUGCUUCGAUCCCUCAGGAUGACUUCAUACGGAUUUCUUUUAUAUGGGCCCGGUUCAUAUGCUUGGUACCAAUAUCUUGAUCAUUGUAUGCCGAAACAAACAGUAACUACUAUAUUAUCUAAGGUUGUACUAAACCAAGUUGUGCUAGGCCCAAUAGUAAUUGCUGUUGUGUUUGCAUGGAAUAAUUUGUGGCUAGGGAAACUCUCACAGGUGCCAAAGAAAUAUAAGGAAGAUGCACUUCCUACUUUACUUGUUGGAUUUCGGUUCUGGAUCCCUGUCAGCAUCUUGAACUUCUGGAUGGUCCCUCUUCAGGCUCGUGUUGCUUUCAUGUCGAUGGGCUCAAUAUUCUGGAAUUUUUGCCUAUCUUCAACCAUGAACAAGUAAAGCAUCAUAUAUGGUGAUCUUUUUUAGGUAAAAUAUUGUGUUGUCAGCAUUUCCUAGUUCAUGAAGAUUGAAGAUUAUGAUCAGUUCUAUAUGUUGGAAUCUGAAUUUAAUUAGGAUCCCUAUUUAAAUUGAUAGAAUUAUAAUUAUAAUAUGAUUCUCCAAUUGGGUUUAUAGUUUCGUUUUUAUGGGACUUCUCAUUUAGAUGAACAA